GGGGGAGGAGGAGGAGGAGGAGGAGGAGGAGGAGGAGGAGGAGGAGGAGGAGGAGGAGGAGGAGGAGGAGGAGGAGGAGGAGGAGGAGGGGGACGGGGGGGAGGGGGGAAGAUGAGGGAGUACGACAUAAUAGGAUUUGCACGCUCCUGUUCGGAGGGCAAAAGUAGGAGCAACAUUCAGCCCGUGUUGCAAACCCUGCGCUCUAACACACCGACAAAGGAAAACAAGACAAGGGAGUCACUCGUGAAAGAACUGCUAACAGCUCACUCGCAUUUGUUUCUUCCCGUGUACACAGGAGGAGCUUCCCUUCCUUCGCUUCUUGGCGGAGGAGGAGGAGGAGGAGGAGGAGGAGGAGGAGGAGGAGGAGGAGGAGGAGGAGGAAGAGGGGGGGGCGGGAGAAGGAUGUAGGAGGAUGGGGAAGGAGGGGAGGGAGGAACGGGGAAGGGUGGGGGGAUGGGGGGGGAUAAAGGGGAUAAAACCUGAUACAAUUCAACUCUCUCAGACCGGUUCUUGUCUGCCGAAAGAAAGGAAGGAAGAAGGGCGAGGAUAAAGAUGGGUGAAGGGAAAUGUGGGGAAAAAGAGGGAGAGGGAGAGGGAGA